AUGGAAAAAUACCCUCACGAUUUUGAUCCAGCUUUGACUGAAAAGUAUAGUCAAGGGUCAUCUAAUGGCAAUGAUGAAAACGAAUCUGUGGCCACUGGGCACAAGCUCUUUUCUAAACAUACAUUGAUCAAUUAUUUCCCAAGAUACAAGCUAAAGACGUCAGGUGCUAUUUACAUUGAUGAAAGACCUCCUCUUUACCAAUGCUUCUUUAUGGGUAUCCAGCAUGUCUUGGCCAUGUUUGGUUCUACUGUGCUUGCACCUCUUAUGAUGGGAUUUGAUACAAAUACUGCCUUGUUCUUUUCCGGUAUUGGUACCAUUAUCUUUUAUAUUUUCACUGGCGGAAAGGUUCCAUCCUAUGUUGGAUCGUCAUUUGGCUUCAUUGGUGUUGUAGUUUCAGCUACAGGUUACAAUUAUACUCCCAGUUCUGGCCGCAAUGAGCAUACUGAUAUUGCCUGUGGUGGUAUUAUCGUCUGUGGUUUGGUGUAUGGUGCCAUUGGCCUUGUCGUCUUCUUUGCAGGCUCUGGCUGGAUCGAUGUCAUUAUGCCUCCUGUUGUAACUGGUACAGUUGUCAUGACCAUUGGUAUCCAUUUAUCAACAUCUGCCUUUCAAAGUGCCACCCAGACUUCAUUUGACGGCUGGAUGGCAUUCACUACGGUUAUGCUGAUCUCGCUUGUCAGUGUCUAUGCCCCUGGUAUGUUGAAGCGUAUGCCUAUCUUGAUUGGCAUGAUUAUUGGUUAUCUUAUCUAUUUCGGCGUUGGUUACUCUGGUCAUGGUCCAGCAAUCGAUUACACUGAGUUGUAUGCCACUCCUUGGUUCGCUGCCCCUACGUUUGUCAAGCCCAAGUUCGAUGGUCAAGCCAUCAGUGUCAUCGUCCCUGUCUGUGUCGUCUUGUUGGCCGAGAAUUUAGGUCAUAUCAAGGCCGUGGGUGCUAUGGCUGAGAAGCCUUUGGAUAAAUAUCUCGGCCGUGCCAUCUUGGGUGAUGCCGUUGCUACGAUUGUGUCUGCUGCAGCAGGUGGGCCAGGUACAACGACGUAUUCCGAGAACAUUGGUGUCAUGGCUGUCACUCAAAUCUUUUCAACAUUGAUCUUCCUGGUGGCUGCUGUUAUUGCCAUUUUCUUGGGCUUCAUCCAAAAGUUUGGUGCUGCCAUUCAUACCAUCCCUGAAGGUGUAUUCGGUGGUCUUUCCAUUAUCCUUUUCGGCUUGAUCACAGUCUCUGGUGCCAGAAUUUGGGUUGAAAACCAAGUUGAUUUCAAGGAUUCUAGAAACAUGCUCGUUGCUGGUGUUCCUGUCAUCAUUGGUGCUGCCAUGCAAACCACAUUGAAGUGGGGUAACUUCCAACUGGAUGGUAUCGGCCUUCCUACCUACUCUGCCAUUCUCUUGUACCAAAUCUUGCGUGGAUGGGAUAACCUCAGAGAUCUUUUUAGUCGCAAGAAGAAGGAGAGAGCCAUGAGCAUUCAUUCUCAACAAACCUCUGCCGUUGUGUAG